AUGCUGUUCCAAAGCUCUGCCGCUGUCCUGGCGGCCCUCGCCGGGCCCGCCUCCGCCAGCUACGCCUUCUACGUCGGCAAGGAUCUCACCGCCGACGGGAGCGUCAUGGUCGGCGGAACCGGCGAAGAGGUUUCCUCCCACUGGCUCCAGCUGUUUCCCGCCCGCGACCACGCGGCCAAUGCGACAAUCACCGUCGGCGUGACGGAUAAGGCCAACAUUCCCGGCGAGCUCUUCGCGAUCCCCCAGGUCAGCCACACCUACCGGUACAUGUCGAUGGAGUAUUCGGACUUUGAGGGUUUCCCGGCGCCGCUCACCAAUGGCGGCCUCAACGAGAACGGCGUCGCCGUCCGUGACGUCUGGGCCCAGAACCGCGAGGAGCUGGUCAACAUGACCCCGACGCCUCAGCACGGCAUCCAGUACAGCGACCUCGCGCGCAUCAUAAUGGAGCGCGCCACGACUGCGCGGGAGGGCGUGGAGAUUAUUGGUGACCUGGUGAAACAGUACGGCGAGGCGACCUACGGCGGUAACACCCACUUGAUCGCUGACAAAGACGAGGGCUGGAUCGUCUGGGAGAUGGCCGGCGGCAAGAAGCUGUGGGCAGCCGAGCGUCUCAAGAGCGACGAGGUCCGCGUUUUGUACCCCGGCUACAUUGAGGACUUCCCCACCGACUUUGCCAACAGCUCUGAUUAUAUGGGCUCUGAGAACAUCGUCUCCUUUGCCGUCGAGCAAGGAUGGUGGGACCCCAACGGCGGCGAGCCCUUCAACAUCUUCAACGCGUACGGCGAAAAGGGCGAGAACAUGACGGCGCGCGACGGCGGCUUCAAGUUCAUGUCUCAAGCCGCGCUCGAGAACGCCACUCUCGAGAUGGUCCCCCUCACCGAGGAGAAGCUGAUGGAGCGCGUCCGCGACAAGCGCAUCGCCGACGACGAGGCCGGCUACGGACAAGUCGUCAGCCUCAAGGCGGGCAUCGACUCGGACCUGCUGCGCAUCUGGAACGCGCCGGCCACCUCCGUCUCCUCCCCGUUCGUGCCGUGGUGGCUGGGCGUCAACAACGUGCCCCCCGAGUUUGGCGAGCACCGCUACCUCACGACCGGCGCCUCCGGGAGCUUCCUCAACACAGACUUCCAGCUGCAGGAGGCGAGCGUCUUCGCCGGGCGCAUCUUCAAGCGCGUGCUGUACUACAUGUGCUCCGCCCCGGAUAUCUACCUGCCCAUCGUCACCCAGAUGCUCACCGGUUUCGAGAACCAGAGCCGCAGCGACGUGGACUGGGUCGAGACGAGCGCCAGGCUCCUCAUUGAGAACGACGAGCGCGAGGCCGCGCAUUCGCUACUCACGUAUUACUCCCACAGUAGAGCCGCCAAGGCCCUCGAGCUAGGCAAGAUCAUUACUGAUGCACUAGAUGGAUACAUUAAGCUGACUGGUCAAUGGCGUGAUCCUGUCGGUAGCGAGAUCAACGAUGCUGGUGAGGGUGCGGAGACGGUCAACUGCCUUGUUGGUUAUGACCCUGAUCAGCCCAUCUGGAAGCAGCCUGCGCGUCCUAACCGCCGCAAAACAAGUAUGAGAAACAAGAUGAUUGUUCAGCGGUACUAA